AUGGGUCUCAGCAAGACGGAAUAUGAAGAUGCUGUCAAUCUUGAAAAGCUUUACUUUCUCGCGAACAGCCACGAUCAGUGCGCUAUUUGCGGCAGAGGGGGAGUCUGUUCAGUGGAUCUCCAGCGUUAUGAAUUUCUUUGCGCGGGCUGUAGCUCAGGGAAGAGCUCGGCAAAGAAAAUUGGGACAGACAGAUUCACAGCUUUCGAAGUUCAAAAAAUGUUGAAUAAAUUUGGGGGCAACAGUAGCAGCAGCACCCGUGAUAGUGGCGGAGGUAGCAGUAGGUCUCAUCGCCGCUCAUCCUCUUCAGCGAGGGCCCCUGAUAGAAGAAGGCGCCACGGCCGCGGCCAUUCCAGGAGGAGGGAAACACCAUCCUCGUCGAGCGAAUCCCCUGACAUGAGUGAUGACUCUCCGCCACGGGCCACCUGGGCUGCGUCGAGGCCACGAGGAUCCCGCGCAGAGAAAAGCAGCAGCAGACGAAAGGGAGGUGCCCCCCAGGAGGAUUUCGUUUCAUCUGGCUGGCCACAGCCGAGUAGCAACCUUUGGACGGGCGCAGCAGACACAGGGGCCCCACAAGGCUGCCAGCAAAAUGCUCUUCCUGGUAUGGGAGGGCUUGCAGGCAUGGGUAUGGCACCUGCGCCUCAUGGGCAGCAACAGCAGCAGCAACCGCAACAGCAUCAACAGCAGAACGCUAGUAUGUGGAGGCAGGGACAAGCCCCACAAAGUCUUAUGGCACCAGGCUUGCAGCAGAUGCAGAUGCCUCAGCAAGGAGGGCCUCUUGGCUCACUAAUAGAUCCGUCACAACAACAAUGGAGGGCGCCCGGAGGUCUCCAGCCGCAACAGCACAUGCUGCAGCAGCCCAUGAUGCCGCAGAUGCAACCGAUUCAGCAGCCAAAUAGUUCAUUGUUUGGCAUGCAGCAGCAGCCGCAGCAGCAGCCUUUUGGGAUGGGAGGGGCUCUACCAAAUCGUUCUCCACAGUUGAUGUUGCAACAGCAGCAGCACCAGAAUUCCAUGUUGCAGCAGCACCAGCCGCCAAAUCAUUUGCUUCAAGUACAGCAAUUGCCGCCGCAGCAGCAGCCACAACAGCGAAACCCCUUUGCGAGCAUGCGGGGCCCCCAGCAACCGGCAGCAAGGCCAUCCAAUCCAUUUGCUUCAUUACAGGGAUCCCACUUUGGGGGAAGUCCAUUUCAACAACAGCCUCUGCAGCAGUCGCAGCUUCAACAACCAAUGCAGCCGCCGCAGCAGGCAAUGGGCAUGCAGCAAACAUACAGGCCACCGGCAGUGCAACAGCAGUCGACGCCUUUCGGGACUCCCGUGGGGGCUCCUGUCGGAUCAGCAGUCACGUCUUCCAAUCCCUUCGCGUCGAUGAAUCAAUCCAAGUGA